AUGACAAAUAUUAAGUCUCAUGCAUACACCACAAAGUUAAAGGCGUUGAAUGAAGCUUGUUUCAAGCUGGUGAACAAUGCAAGUAAUUUGCCAUCCUCAAAUGAUAUAACUAGCUUGUUGAAAUUUUUUCAAAACAGCCUAUACAACAUACUCAAGGAUAUACAUGUCCUCUCCAUUGAGCGUUUUAUGAAUAGGAUCAAUGAUCAGGAGUGGAGGUCCAAACAUUUACCUCAACUUGACUACGGAACACUUUAUUUGUGCCUUUUAACAAUUUCAGAGCAAAUUCAAAAGCUUACUAACCAGAGCGCUGUUUGUGAACACUUACUACGUACAAUUCAAAGUCUCUUAUUUUGUUUGGAUUACGACUGUUUAGAAGGUGUACCGUUAGCCAUCACAUGGAUGUUACUUUAUUUUCCAUCAAAUAUGCAGUCCGGCGUUAUCGAUCUACUAUGUUCAGUGGUGAUACCAUUGAUUUAUAAUAUGUCAGAUGAUCAAGAAUCUUAUGCAAUAGAUUGUAUUCCGUCUAUUUUAACAUUAGUAUUUCAACAUGUAGAAAAAGUUGAAUAUCAUGUUUGGGUAUUAGAAAGCUUUAUGUCCAGAAAGAAAGAUUUAUAUAAAGACUUACUAAUGAUCAUAGCUUAUGGACCAACAGAAGCUAGACUUCCAGCUGUUUGUUUAUUUUUUCAUUAUUGGCCAGAAAAUUAUCCGACAGCAUUCUAUGGAAAUCAAGCGUUACAACCAAUACAUUAUACAUGGGAAUCUUGGAAACCGAUUAUGUGUUACAGAAAUGACUGUCCUAAUAAAACUGGAAAAGCUUUGGCAAUGAAGAUGACUGUUAACCCAAAAAUAUCAAUUCAACAAAGUGGUAAACCACCACCUUUGUACGUUUGCUUAGAUUGUGCUGAUGCAUUAAACCGUUUGGAUUUUGACCAAUUAAUUGAUAUUCUUUUACCGACAAAACAGAUAAGUCUAACAUGUGAAUCAAAAACCUGUCGUAGUAAAAACAACUCAGCUUCCGUUACAUGCUGGUCUACUGGUUGUACAUAUUUAACAGGAAAUAGAGCUAUAAGAUUAUGUGAAUUAUGCCAUUCACUGCGGCACAUUUAUCCCGAUAUAAAUCAACCAUCAGUUGAUCGAAACAAGAAACAAAUGGAUACAAAUUUAACUCAAAAUACUUCUGAUACUACUGUUGUCUUUGAAGUUACCAAUAGUACUGGGAUUAACAACGAUAAUAAUGACGAAGAUGGUCACAGUACGGCACACAUUUAUCAAAGUUCAUUACCAGAUGUAUGGGAUAUGUCGAUUGAUUCUCAACCUUGCAUGAUUCAAGCAAUAAUAUCAUUAACAUUGGAAACAAUGCCACGCUGGCGUCAAGUACUACUAGGGGGCGUUGAAAAUGGAGACGAAAGUACUAAUCGCAUAGUAGCUGGCUUAACAUGCCCUAGUUCCUCUGCUCCUGGCGGUCCGACAUCCACUAAUGAAAUGGUUAUGAUUGGACUAAGUGGUGGGAGUUUAGUUUCUUCAAAUCUAUCUGGAAAUCUCAUAAAUACUACAAAUGCAGUUCAAGUAGGUGGAAGUACAACAGGACAAACGAAUUUCAGUGAUUUUGGAACAAGCCCAAUAACCGGAACAACAACUCGUAAUCAAACAACUUCUGGUAGUUGUGUUGGUAAUAGUGGAAUCGCUGGUAUUAACGAUCUCGCAAAUAACACUGGGACAGAAACUGGAGCAAUUACACUGCUUGGUCGUUAUCGUGAUGAAGAUCAUAGAGUUUUGGCAAUAUACGGUGCUUUCCUAGUAGGUGAAAAAUGUCGACCACGUGAACGAAUUAAUCUUGAAUUACUUACAAGAAUCACAGCUGGUAUUUUUAACUGGUUUAUGGAUACCAUCUAUACAGCAGAAGCAAGUAUCACAUUCGACGGUCGAGGAAAUUUGAGACGACGAUAUGAGUUGGGUGACUUGUUGGAACGAAUUAAAAGUGAAUACAUUCUGAAAUGGAUCCAAGAAGUUCAUCGUCUUCAUCCAGAAGCAAUCUAUGGAGUAUUGCUUCCUCAUCCCUUAAAUUAUGCUCGAGUUGGAAGCUGCUGGGAUUCAAUCAGUGAUCACUUGUCAAGAGUUAAACAUGGUCUCAGCCGUAUUGGUAGUUUAAUACCAUAUGAUAUUAUUACGUUUGAGACUUGGGAUUUUGUAAUGCCAUACUGGUUAGAAUCAAUUCGAACUGAAGUUUCAAGAGCUGAUUAUCCAGAAUUAGAAAUUCUUCUGAAAAAAAUUUUUGAUGCGACUGCUGGACCAUUUCCAUUUUUACCACAGAAAGUUUAUCAUUUUGCCAGUGAACGUUUUAUCAAUACUCCAGUUAGCGUGCAAGAUCAAGCUUUAAGUUGGUUAGAGAUUUUAACCAUUGUAGAGGUUCCGAUCCCUAUGAAAGAACUACUUACAAUGUUUGCAGCUGGUGUAGCAUCACUGUUUUUAGAAUUAUUGUUACCUACAAAUGAUGAGUCAGAUAAUGACUACUUGACAGAUCAGGAUGAAUAUGAUGAUUCAUUGGGUCAGAACACUGCUAGCGAAGCUGAUUGGCUAAACGAAAAUGGAUUUUUGUCAGAAAAUGUUGUUCAUGAAGAUCGUUUACAGGAUGAAGAGAGUGAUAUUUUCCUAGAAGAUUCAAAAGUAGAUGAAGAUGACGAAAAUGUAGAUAGAAACCCUGCACCGAUUGAUAACCAAUUGUUAUCAGAUGAGAACGAAUAUAUAGUGGAAGGUGAAGAAGAUGACGAUAUUACAUUGGACGAAACAAAAAGUCUUUUGUCCUACAGUGCAGAUGAUAAAAACACUUCUAAAUCAUUUACAUCCAACAAUUCACGCAAAGCAAAUAAACAAUAUCCAACAAAACAAAUUACAAUGACUGAAUCUAAUAUUCAUCAAAAUAAUUCAUGUUCGGUAACAAAUGAUUCUAAUUUAAAAAGUCAAAAUCUUUUAUUGUCUAAUGUUAAAACCGAUGAAAGCUUGCAAAAUAAAUCGAUAAAUCAACAAAAUAUUACGGACGAAAAUGAUGCACAACAACUAACUCAGGAAUCUGAAAAUAAAGAUACACGUGAAUUAACAACUGAUCAAGAGAUUAAAAAAAAUAAUUCUCAAAUUAAUCAAUACAGAAUCACUGCUUGUUUAACACAUAUGCUAGAUAUUGCAUAUCGACAGCUAAAAAUUUUGGAUCCAAUUGGACAUUCUGGUUAUACGCAAGAAACACCGCAAUUAUUAAUAUGGCUUUUAGGUGAUAUGUUGGAAUUGUACUGGGGUAAUGUUGCUGAGACAGACGAUCAAACAACAAGUUCAGGUUUAAGAAAUCUACAUUGCCUUGGUCUAGAAACUUGUAUUCUACCAAAAUCUAAAAACAAAUCAGAAAUGAAACCGCCAAUAUCAACGACUUCAGCCCAUAUGACCGAAAAUAAUGAUGAAAAUAAUAUUAAUCAAAUUAAUCUAAACAAACAAACAGAUAAUGCUAGUGAAUGUAUUGACUGUUUAGAUAUGCUCACGUGGUUUAACUAUGCUAGAUUGAUAUGUCAGCACUUAGCACCAAUAAGACCAACUCCCAAAGUUACAGUUGAUUUUACCGUUGAUGCAUUAAAAGCUGUGGUAGAUUUCCCAGAGUAUACUGAUUGGAGUGAUUCUGGUGACAACGAAACGUCAGAAAUUAAAUCUUUAGCUCCUGGACCAGACGUUACUGAAACCUCUGAAAAACUCCCAUCUUCUGAAGAUUUAUGUUCCAUUCCUCCCGUACUGCGUCUUACCUAUUUAUUGACGCGAUUUGUGAAGGAAGGUACGCGUCGUUACGUUGAAUAUGGAGACCUGAAUAGGGAGCCGGAUAGUUUAUUUCGAGAGACAACACCAGUGACAAUAAAAGAAGAACAUCCGACUUCCUGUUCUUCAGUUUCAUCUGUAAACAAAACAGUUAUCGAACUGAAAACGUUUCGUGAUCCUGUCGUAUUGCAAUGUAUUUUAGAAUGCCUAGCAUAUCUGUGUCAUAUUGGUGAUGCACUGAGACAAAUUUUAACAAAAGCAGAAAAAGAAGAACAAAAAUUGCUUACUAAUGGAUCCAGCGGUUCAGCAUCAAUAUCAGCUAAUACAAUAACAGCUGGAGGAGUAACCACCAGCAGUGUAGCAAAUAUUGUGAGUACCACAACAACAGGACCACUUGGUAUUAGCAGUCUAAUAGGAUUAACUGGAAGUAAACUAACAAGUCAAAUGACUAGUCAAGAUCCAUCAACUAAAGGACAGCUAUUACAAAGUACAAAGACGUUAACAUCGCGAAAUUGUACUGCGACACCAAAAGCACAGAAAAAUUUUGUUUAUUAUUUAAUACAUUCUCAUUUAAUCCCAAGUUUCUGGAGUUUACUGAAAUCGGAAUUAUCAUAUUUAGCAAGUUGGACAGUUCCCUUAGUUCUCCACUGUUUAUCAUUUCCUGGUGGAUUUAAUGUAUUCUGGAAAUUAAUUGAACAUGAUUUUUCACAUUGUGAUUGGAGAAUUCGUUUUGAUGCAAUAGAAAAAGUAUCAGUAUUACUUAGAGAAUUAGAUUAUUGCAUAUUAGCCGGUGGUUUCAGUGGUUCAGCUGGAAAUAAACUUAAUCAUUUAUUAUCUGGCGGAAGUAUGGCAAGUUCGGGCGCAAUAAAUCUUUUCAGUCGAUUAACUGGUAUUACACAUAUGGGACGUACAAAAUUUAAUCCAAAUCGUAAAAAUCUACCUAGUGGUCAUGGGAUGAAACAACAUGGUGGAACAAAUACGGAGCCGAUCAAUAAAGUGGCUGCUCAUUCAAGUAAUAAUCGUCAUCCACUAAUUCAAAGUGCAAUAGCUCAUGCAUUUUGUUGUUUAAUUGGUUCAUUAGAUGAUCCUAAUUCAACGGUGGCACAAUAUACUUCAAUGCAAAUUGCAUCAUUAAAUAAUAUUUCUUUAGCUUGUGCAAUACAAUGUUUAGAAUUUCAAUUCGAUACUGUAAUUUCUGACCGCUGUCUUAUUUUACAACGCAUGCACCAACUCAGUUGCAGUCUACCGAACAGAGAAAUAUUUACAUGGGACUUUUUUGUUAAUCGCUUUGGUAUAUUAGCUAUACAGGCUCAAUUAGGCAAUUCACCUGGUCAAGUUGAUAUCGAUUCAGUGACAGAUUUAAAUGGAUCACAUCGUACUGGUGAACAUUUUCAAAAUCAAUUUGAACGCGCAGCUUUUGCAAUUCAUAAAAGUUCUGGAAUUAAGUCAAUCAGUUUAAACUCUCAUGCUUAUUCAUUAAGAUUCAGUACACAUACAGUUGGAAGUUUUACUCAAACACAACAAUCUCAAUUACAAAUAAAUCAACAAUCAUUGAUUUUUAAUUCAGGUUCAACUACACAAAUACGAGAAGAAUGUAGAAAUGAGAAUGAUGGAAAAAGGAAACCUUCAAUUCAGAUUGGAUCAGAUUCUGGUAUGAUAGAUGGCGUACAAAGACCACAUUUUAGAUUUAGUCAUGGUGGUAGAAGAUCUCGUCCAUCAAUAUCAUCUGUUUGUGGUUUAUUAACAGGUGGUCUACAUGCUAGUGAAUUUGUUGAUAGUAAUAACAAAUUUUUAAGUUCAAUACAACAAGCAUUAGAUCUAGACGGCGAUGAACGUGACACACUACAUCAAUGGGUUCGUUUAUUACUCAAGUUUAUGUCUACAGUUCAAUUGGAUUUAAAACUGGAUGAAAGUUUUACAGGUGGAACUAGCGGAUCUAGUAGUGGUGGUGACGGAGGUGUUGGCAGUGGAAUCGGAAGCAGUGGUGGUGGUAGUGUCAGUAGUGGACGUCACAAUAUGGCAAACAAAUCAAGGGACGAAUUAAAAGACAGAAAAGCUCUAAGCAAAGCACAAAGACAUUUAGCAUUCUUACUUGGUUAUACGGAUGGUUCAUUUGAUAUACCCCCACACAAAAUGAGAAAUUCCACUGUUUUUCAUGCAUUUUUGGCACAUGUCGCUGGCGUUCUCGAUCGUAAUUUUAGUAUGGGCUGUUGUAUUUUACAUCAAACUCUAGUCGUUUUACAAUUCUGUGCAUCACCUCAACGUUAUGCUACCGAUACACAACCGCCAACAUUUACUUUGAGAUUAUUAGAACCACAAGUUAGGCUUCAUUGGCUUCAAACACUUUUAGUCAUUCUGUAUAAAUAUGAAUACAAUACACCAGGUGGCAAUCUUACCGGAAAUACAAAUAUUUCCAGCGCUAUCUCCUAUAGUUCAAGUAUAGUGGCUUCUCAUAUUUCUAACCCACCCAAUAAUACAACUGGAGGAGUUGGAACAUUCACUAGCAAUACAAACAGUAAUAACAUCAGUCGUGCACACAAAACAAGUUCAGGAAGUGAAACACAACUACAAUUGGAUAACGCAACUGGAAAUUCAUCCGGCGCUGGAAGUAACAGUAAUAGACUAAAUCCUGGAGGUGGCAAUGUCAGUACUAGUGGUGGUGGUAGUAAUGCUACUAAUGCAUCUGCUUCAUAUCAGUUCACCCCCUCCAACCUACUUGGAGGGGGUGGAGGAAACACAAAUCUUUUUUCAUCACCAUCAAACGUCGUUGGUGGAACUAGGGGUAUGAUAGAAUAUUUAAUACAGAUUGUUCUAAACACUUUGGAUUCACACGUUCAUGUUUGCCGAGAUCGUCCAAAUGAAGAUUUAAUUGCUCCCUUUAAUUCACAGCUGAGAUUAAGAGGACUUUCAGGAUUACCAACCGAGGCAAGUAAUGUAAGUGCAGAUUUUAAUACAAUCUUAGAAACUGCAACGCCACCAGCUACACCAAUUAAAGAAGAAUAUGAUGAUGAUGACGAAAAUACAGUUAUUAUGCCUGGUGUAACUAUCAAUCUAUUACCGUCAUGUAACGAAUUAAAUGAGAAAUCUAAUUUAGACAUGAAUACAAGUCAGCCUCAAAAACAACGAACUACUUCUGACAAUGCAACUGAUGAUGUGAUUUGUAUGGCGAAGAAACAUGAUAAUGAGCAAAUGACAUUCACUGGAAAGGAAACUGAUGUACAAAGCGGGAAUAAAGUAACUAUUGCUGAUGGUGAAGACGAUCUCGGUGAAUCGAAGAAACAUGAUGAACAAAACAGUAAAUCAUCCGAUUUAUUAAGUGGGAGUAGUUUGCCUCACCGAAAUGUUUAUAAAAAGAUCAUUACCCCGAAAUUAGUUAUCUCAAUGAAUAAGCAUAUACCACAACGACAUCAACUUAAUGACCAACAUUCGUUAAAUAACUCAUUCAUUCCCGAAGAGAAAAAUGAGAAUAAACAAAGCACUACAUCAAUUGAUCCAUAUACAGUAACACAAGAUGAACAAUCAAUCAUUACGCCUCUUCUAACGGAUAGUGAAUUGACUGUAGUCUCAGAAACUACUCCUGAAUCAAUUAAAAUGCAAGCAUGUGAAGAACAAUUAAGAAGAGGAUCUACUGACUGUAAAUCACCCAAGAAAGUAACACUAAAAUUCCCAAAACGUAGUUCAGCAUUUGUCUUUCAAGAUGAAAAAAAACCCAAGCCAAUCAGAACUGAUUCAUCUAGUCAUAUUCAACAAGCACAACCUUUAGACUCACUAUCUGACUCAGUACAUCAGAUACACAAAAGUAAACGUACAAAUUUCCAACAAAGUAAACCUACGAUGCCAGUAAUUUCUACUUCAUCACAUCCGUUAGAAUCUAGAGACGAUUUGUUAUCCCAGAAUAAUGCUUCUACUAAAGAUUCAUGUAGUAUUAAUUCACUAACUGUAGAUCGUUCACGAUCUAUUACUGAAGGUUAUAAUUUAUUUGAAGGAAUAAAAUCAGAUAAAAAAUCAGAAAGUACAAAGAAGCAUAGUUAUAUACCAUCUUCUUCUUAUGCUACUGUCACUACUUCUCUACAUACUACAAAUACAAAUGUUCAGUCUCAUAUUUCUAGUACAAAUACAAUGCCUAGUUUAACAGCCGCUGCAAUAACUAUCGCAUUGACCACUGAAAGAUGUCCAUGGUGUCAGUGUAUUCUAGAUCAUUAUGAUGAAAAUACUAUUGGUUUAGGUAUUCUAUGUUUAUCUACAUUUGUGCAUCGUGAACCUGGUUUAGCAGCUCCAUAUUUACGCGAUAUGUUGCUUAUUACAGCACGUCUAGCCAAUGCAUAUUUUUAUUCUUGGCAACCUGAACUUCCACAUGUGAUUAGUCCAGGAAAUGUGGCUAGCAUUGCUCAUCAGUUUCUUCGUUGUACAAUGUAUAAUUUAGCCCCGAAUGGCCUGUUUACUCAACUAUUUCAAACUCAUAUUACAGAUGAUAAUUUCUUUAGAACAAUCAUUUCUGUGCUAGUUGAUUUUGAAGAUCAUAUGUCCAUUUUUCAACCUAUCAGUUUACUGAUGGAAUCAUUAAACAAACAAAAAUCAAUUAGUCUUGAUACUCUACCUAUUCUAUUAGAAAAUCUUGCUAAUUAUCUAGAACAUUUACCAAAUUUAACAGAUGACAGUAAAUUAAAUCACUUUAUAGCCUCUGGAUGGACUGAUAUAAUUGGGCCGUUGGAUUUAUUUUUAAGAAAAUUAACCACUGUUACACCGAUACCAAUUAAUUUAGCUACAACUGUACGUAUUAUGACCUAUGUAGUACGCUCACCUGUUGCAUCGAAUUUCAAGACACUUCCGGAUACUUUUUCAAAUUUACUUCGUAUUAUUGUCGAAAAUGUACAUUUUCGUUUGACUAGUGUCAUUGAAUUAUGCUCUUUAAGUAAUCGAGUUCUAAAAGAUCGUACCAAAGCUCAGUUAAGUAGAACAAUGGUUGAUUUAUUUUAUCAAUCAAUUAAAUUUCGUGCUUGCAUACCUGAUGAAAAUUUGAUAAAAUUAUUACAAUUUAUUCUCAUGGAUGCUGGUGGUACCAUAGAACCGAAUCAAGUUGUUGAAGGUAUAACAACGUUAUUUAAUCCACAAACUUAUCAUUUAUUUCCAACUGGUGCAGCUGAAUUAAUGAGACCGCACUUGCCUGAUUGUUUAGCUUUUAUAUCAGAUAUUCAUACAGUACAUAAGAUUAAACAGUCUCAAAAAUCAGCAGUUCAGUUGAACAGCGUCGGAUAUGGACUUGGUUCUUCAUCUAUGAUGUCCGGAUCUAAUCCAUGUGGUACUGGUAAUCUUGAUUCAAACACACUGACAGGCGGUGGAGGAACAACAUCUGGAAAUAUAGGUAGCAGUUUAUUUGGUGGAGGUUUUAAUUCAUCAGGAGUAUCAAACUCUGCAACAGGAGCUACAGUUGUUAAUUCUAAUGCUGGGUUAGGUACAAAUAUUCCAAGCUUGCAUGAAGAUGUUUUAGGUGCACAUUUAAAAUCAGGUUUAUCUCAGUAUGUUUCAUUGGAGUUAUCCAGAUCUAGCAGUGGAAGUGACCACGAUGUCUUCCCUUUACUUGCACCCGGACUACUGGCCGAUAUAAAAACGACGAGAAGCUGUAAAAAUUCAGCACCUGGAUUACCAGCCCGAUCAAAAGCAGCCACUACUGCCUCCGGUUCGAAUGUUAAUUCAGUUGGUCUAACGGGAAAAAGUUUAAACUUAAUGUCUGAGAGUGGACAUACUGCAAAUGUGGAACAAUCUAAUGCACAAAUCAAACUUAGUAAAAAUAGUGGAUCAGUUGUAAGACAAAAUGAGCCCCAUUCAGAUACGGCCAUUGUUGCUAUUACACAAUCUAAUGUCAAUCCUUCGAUUAGUUGUAAACCUAGCGAAACUACCUAUACACGUCCAACGAUGACAAUAACCCAAACAUCCUCAACUAAAAAGCAAGAAGUUACCAAUACAAAACUAAUUUCUUCUGCGCUUCCAAUUCCAUCACCAGCAAUUUCACAUGAUCAGGUUUCCUCUACUAACGUUACUACUUCUACUACGACUAUAUCUGUUUCAAAUUUAACUUCGCCAAAUUCUGUCACAUCUACACCUACCACACCACAAACAAUCUCUAGUCCUAAUUCAGCUAAUUCUCGACACCCAAACUAUGCCCAUGUGAUGCUCGCUUCAACAUUUUCACACACGGCCCACUCAGAAGCAAUUAUAUUACAGUAUUUACCUUGGUUAAAAUCCACUCCACCUUCAUCUCAAUUAGGACCAAAAGAUUUCCUUAUUAUGGUUGAAAGAGUUCGCACAUUAUCGUGGCUUUUGCUUGGAGCCACAAUGAAUAUGGCAUUAACACGUGAAGCUACUGGUUUAUCUUGUCGUCCUAUACCAUUUAAUUUAGUUCCUUCAGUGGCAGAUUUAGUCAAAGCAUUGUUGAGUGGCUUUCCUGAUCAACAGAAACAAUCUGUCACUGUAAUGUCAUCAUUGUAUCAUGUCUUUCUACUAUGUCAAGUAUGGACUAUUUAUUGUGAAACUGUUGCCAGCCUCUCACCAGUAAAUUCAAAUCAAUAUAAGGCAGCUAUGGCGACGGCAUUUGAUUUUUGGAUAAGAAUUAUGCCAACAAUAUUACGUCUCUUGUCAAUUUCUGAAGAUUUCGUAAUUGUGAGUGGUCGUCUGUUAACCGUUAUUGAAGAGCUCAUGGAAUGUCAGUCAUCAUUAGCUUCAAAGCUGUUCACAUUGUGGAUGCCGCUUUUACAUGGACGAUAUAAACAGCUUCCAGGCAAUAUGCUUAAACGCUUACAAAAAUGUGUCGAGUGGGAACCACCUGAACCAUAUAACCGAUUGUUACUCUUGCUAUCUUUACCUGAUCCACUAACUAAUAGUCGUUUGUCAUCAGGUCCAACAGCAGGUCAUUGUGAAAAUCUACCACAUACAGCAAUCACAGGAACUGCUAAUACAAUCCCAUCAUCACAUUAUGAAAAACCUUUAAUUCACUCGACUAGUUCAUCAUUGCCAGGAUGGACUGAAAGCUCUUUAUUAGCUUGCCAGGCUAAUUCAUUAAUGGGUUGUAAUUUAAUUCCAAAAUCUCUUAAAGAAUGUUUAACUGAAGGCGUUAAUUUAACCGGCAGUGCACAGUGCAUUGGACAUGCAUUAGCACCGAGUGCACCAUAUGCUAAUGACGGAACAGCUGAUGGGGUUGGUUUGGAAGCUGGUGCAAUGGGUGCUGAUUUACUAACUAGUCGUCUAGUUGCAUGGUUAAAAAAGCACAUAUUCGUACUAGGACGUAAUGAAGAUCAACAUUCUACAGCUACACAUAUUUUUGUCCAUUAA